GGAGGACUGGCUGCGGGAGGCGGCGCCCGGCUCACAUUGGCCCUGCGGCCGCCCCUCCUCGCGGGGCCGAACCCGCGGGGUGGGGGGAACGCGGCAUAGCCUAGUAGUGGGAGACGGAGGCGACUUUCGCGAGUGAGGAGACAUGGCGGAGUACAAGCGGUUGCGGAACUGCCUGGCGCUGAUCCGCCUCCGAAACCCGCCGGUCAACGCCAUCAGUACAACUGUACUCCGUGGAAUAAAAGUGGGACUGCAGAAAGCUCUAACAGACCAUACAGUAAAAGCCAUUGUGAUUUGUGGAGCAGAUGGCAAAUUCUCUGCAGGGGCUGAUAUCCACAGCUUUGGUACACCAAGAAUGUCUGACCUCGUCCUGGGACAUGUAGUAGAUGAAAUACAGAGAAAUGAGAAGCCCGUGGUGGCGGCUAUUCAAGGCCUGGCUUUAGGAGGGGGACUGGAGCUGGCCCUGGGCUGUCACUAUAGGAUUGCCCAUGCAGAGGCUCAAAUUGGCUUCCCAGAAGUUACAUUAGGAAUCCUUCCUGGUGCAAGAGGAACCCAGCUUCUCCCCAGACUCAUUGGAGUUCCUGCUGCACUUGACUUAAUUACCUCAGGAAGACAUGUUUCGGCAGAGGAAGCACUCAAGCUGGGUAUUCUAGACAAAAUGGUGAACUCAGACCCGGUUGAGGAAGCAAUCGAAUUAGUCCAGAAAAUUUCUGAUCAGCCUCUGGAAUCCCGUAGACUCUGCAACAAGCCAAUUCAGAGCUUCCCCAACAUGGACAGCAUUUUCAGUGAAGCCCUUCUGAAGAUGCGGAAGCAGCAUCCUGGGUGCCUCUCUCAGGAGACCUGUGUCCGUGCAAUCCAGGCUGCCGUCCAGUAUCCCUAUGAAGUGGGCAUCAAGAAGGAGGAGGAGCUGUUCAUGUACCUUCAGAAAUCAGGGCAGGCUAGAGCCCUGCAAUAUGUUUUCUUUGCGGAGAGGAAUGCCAGUAAGUGGUCAACCCCCUCGGGAGCAUCCUGGAAAACAGCAACGGCACAGCCCAUCUCCUCAGUUGGCGUCGUCGGCUUGGGAACAAUGGGCCGAGGCAUUGUCACUGCUCUUGCGAAGGCCAGGAUCCCUGUGAUUGCUGUGGAAUUGGACAAGAAGCAGCUAGAGACUGCUGAUCAGAUAAUAACCUCCCUCUUGGAAAAGGAAGCAUCCAAAAUGCAGCCCAGCAGCCACCAUUGGUUAGGACCAAAACCCAGGUUAACCACAUCCCUGAAGGAGCUAGGUGGUGUAGAUUUAAUCAUCGAAGCAGUAUUUGAGGAAAUUAACUUGAAGAAGCAGGUCUUUGCUGAACUGUCAGCUGUGUGCAAGCCAGAAGCUUUUCUGUGCACCAAUACUUCAGCCUUGAACAUUGACGAGAUUGCUUCUUCCACUGAUCGCCCUCACUUGGUCAUUGGCACUCACUUCUUCUCACCAGCUCACAUCAUGAAGUUGUUAGAGAUUAUUCCCAGCAAGUACUCUUCCCCUACUACCAUUGCCACAGUUAUGAAUUUAUCAAAAAAGAUUAAAAAAAUUGGAGUAGUUGUAGGUAACUGUUUUGGAUUUGUUGGCAAUCGAAUGUUGAAGCCUUAUUACAAUCAGACAUAUUUCUUAUUGGAAGAGGGCGGUAAGCCAGAGGAGAUAGAUCAGGUGCUGGAAGAGUUUGGUUUCAAAAUGGGACCUUUUAGAGUGUCAGAUCUUGCUGGACUGGAUGUGGGGUGGAAAUCUCGACAAGGGCAAGGUCUUACUGGACCUAUGUUGCCUUCAGGAACACCUGCCCGAAAGCGAGGCAGCGAGAGAUAUUGCCCAAUUCCUGAUAUGCUCUGUGAAUCAGGACGAUUUGGCCAGAAGAUAGGAAAGGGUUGGUAUCAAUAUGAUAAGCCACUGGGUAGGAUUCACAAACCUGACCCCUGGCUCUCUGAAUUCCUGUCACAGUACAGGCAAACCUAUCACAUCGAGCCACGUGUCAUUAGCCAGGAUGAGAUCCUCGAGCGCUGUUUGUAUUCACUCAUCAAUGAAGCAUUCCGUAUCUUGGGAGAAGGGAUGGCUGCCACUCCAGAGCACAUCGAUGUUGUCUAUUUACAUGGGUACGGAUGGCCAAGGCACAAGGGUGGGCCCAUGUUCUACGCCUCCACAGUGGGGUUGCCCACAGUGCUAGAGAAGUUGCAGAAAUAUUACAGGCAGAAUCCUGAUAUUCCACAACUAGAGCCUUGUGACUAUCUGAAAAAAUUGGCUUACCUGGGCAACCCUCCUCUGAAAGAAUGGCAGAGCUUAGCAGGACCCCCUAGCAGUAGACUAUGAUUCAGCCUUCCAGGUUAUGACUCAUGUGCUUGCAUCAGGAAAUGCUCAUGGAAUUUCAUUGAUAUUAAAUCAAAAUAUCCAAAGUAAGAUUGCUCUGAAAUACAAAGCAGCUGAACCUUCUCUUUGUGUCUUCUGUCUGAUUAUUCUAAUGGAUCAAAUCUUUAGGAAUGUGCUUCCUAUGCCUCUGAGUCCAUCUUUAUUGGAUAAAUCAUUUCGAUCCCAGUGAAUAAACUUGUGUCAAUACCAUAAUAGCUAAGGAGAGAAACUCAGUAUUAAGUUGAGGUUUCCAAGUGCUUAGAUUGUUGGAAAUGUCAACAAUGAAUCCCUGGGGUGCCUGGGUGGCUCAGUGGGUUAAAGCCUCUGCCUUCGGCUCAGCUCAUGAUCCCAGGGUCCUGGGAUCAAGCCCUGCUUCGGGCUCUCUGCUCAGCAGGGAGCCUGCUUCCUUCUUUCUCUCUGCCUGCUGCUCUGCCUACUUGUGAUCUCUGUCUGUCAAAUAAAAAAUAAAUAAAAUCUUAAAAAAAAAAAAGACAGAAUGAAUUCCUAAUAAACGCCACUAAGUCAUAAAUUCAUUUUGACCCCUUUCCACUUCACAUACACUGCACUGAUAGGAAAACUUACGGGCCCUUUAACAAACCUUCACUCUGCAGCUCCUGACCAUUUUGCACAGCACUUGGCAAACCCAGAAUCCAGAGGGGACAUGAAUUCAGCAGGGAAAGCUGUGGUGAAGUUUAGCCCCUAGUCUCAAAGAAGGAGUGGAGAUAGUUGGCAGGCUCGAGUCAGCAGGGAGGGUCUCUGUGAGUGAGUAGGGAACAUCACCCAUGGAGAGGCAGAGGGAGUAACCAGAAAGAGAGGCAAGGUGUCAAAGACCUAACAGUGCUAACGUUGUAGGCAGAACCUGGGUGGGAGUAGUGAGGGCGUUGAGUGCUUCAUACUAGAGUAGGGAACUCAGAGUAGCUUGGCAGCCUAUACUCGGUGUAUGACUUCUGUCCACGGUGCUGUUAUUUGUGCAAAAUCGUGCUUGCUGCUUUGCAAGGGGCUCAGCAAUGUUUGUUGUAACUUCCUGGGGACCUGGGGAUGUCCACAAUCUGUCAUUCUUUUCUAUGCAUGGAGAA